UCUCCCCCCUCCCUCUCUCUCUGUUCUCUUUUAUCUUUUACAUUUCCACUCUGUAAUAAGUUUCGAGCUCACCAAACAUUUUCAUGGCAUCUAGUACUAAUAACAACAACAAUGGCUUCUGCCACAACACCAAAACAUUCAAAUCCACUCGACCACCAAUCCCUCUCCCUCCCUCCUCACACCCUCUCUCGAUCACUCAAUAUUGUCUCUCUCUCCUCAACUCCACUCCCACCGCUUCCUCCCUGGACACCUCCCCUUUCCUCAUCGACGCUGCCACUGGCACCCCUCUCUCCUACUCGCAGUUCCUCCAUCAAUCCCACUCUCUCUCCGCUUCUCUCCAAUCUCGCUUCCCAUCUCUCUCCCCAAACAAUGUAGCUCUCAUUCUCUCCCCUCCCUCUCUCCACAUCCCCGUCCUCUACUUCUCGCUCCUCUCUCUCAACAUAACAAUCUCUCCCGCUAAUCCUCUGUCAACACGUUCCGAAUUAAAGCACAUUGUCCAGCUCACCAAGCCUAAAGUUGCCUUCGCAACAUCAUCUACCUGCAAGCACAUCCCUUCUCUCCCUCUUGGCACAGUCCUCAUCGACUCGACUCAGUUCAUUUCCAUGCUCAAUUCCAAAACCUCCUCUACUCCUCAACAAGUAACCGCGGCUCAAUCUGAUUCAGCAGCAAUUCUCUGCUCCUCGGGCACCACAGGCCGUGUCAAAGGAGUCGAGCUGUCUCACAGGAACUUAAUUUCCGUACUAUGUGGAUUUUUUCAUAACAAUAAUUUAACAUCCAAUGACAAUUCAGCUGCUGUGUCUUUAUUUACAUUGCCUUUGUUUCAUGUAUUUGGAUUUUUUAUGUUGUUUAGGGCUUUUACAUUAGGAGAAUGUUUAGUGUUGAUGGGGAGAUUUGAUUUUGAGACGAUGUUAAAGACGGUUGAGAAGUAUAAAGUUAUAUAUAUGCCAGUGUCACCGCCUCUUGUUGUGAUGCUCGCUAAGUCUGAUAUGGUGGCUAAGUAUGAUCUGAGUUCACUACGAAAGCUGGGAUGUGGUGGUGCUGCUCUGGGGAAAGAAAUUUCGCAGAAGUUCAAUGCCAGGUUCCCUGAUAUUGAUAUAUUACAGGGAUAUGGUAUGACUGAGACAGGGGGAGGAGCAACGUCGAUGGUUGGACCAGAUGAGGCCAAACAUUACGGUUCUGCAGGGCGCCUGACUGCAAAUAUGGAGGCUAAAAUAGUUGAUCCUUCUUCUGGCGAGGCCUUGUUACCGGGAAAAGAAGGGGAACUCUGGUUAAAAGGGCCCAAUGUUAUGAAAGGCUACGUUGGAGAUAACGAAGCAACUGUUGCGACCUUUAGUUCAGAUGGCUGGUUAAAGACUGGUGAUAUCUGCUAUUUCGACUCAGAAGGGUUCUUGUUUAUUGUUGAUAGACUGAAAGAAUUGAUAAAGUAUAAGGCCUACCAGGUUCCUCCAGCUGAACUAGAACGCGUGCUUCACUCAAUUCCUGGCAUUGCUGAUGCUGCUGUCAUUCCAUAUCCGGAUGAAGAAGCAGGACAGAUUCCUAUGGCUUAUGUAGUCAGAAGUCCUGGCAGCAAUCUCUCCGAGGUUCAAAUUAUGGAUUUUGUUGCAAAGCAGGUGUCACCAUACAAGAAAAUCAGACGCGUAGCGUUUAUCAAUGCUAUUCCAAGAUCUCAAGCCGGAAAAAUAUUAAGAAGGGAGCUGGUAAAACAUGCUACAUCAGACACUUCAGCCAAAUUAUGAGCCAAUUAUAGGCAAUUUUCGAGAAGCAUGGCUUAGCUUUAAUUCUCAGCUAAACAUAUAGUUUGAGUCAUACUAUCAAUACACAAUUCGACAUGUAGAACUGCAUGUACAUUUUCUCGAGUUCCUGUACCGUAGAAUAGUAUUUCAGGUUCGUCAGAGUUCAUAAUUGUUGAGAUUAACAGCUUAUUAGUUUGUCCAAAAGGUUGUUUAAGCUCAUAAGAAGGGGGAAAAGUAAAGCCUUUUUAGUAUAACAACACAUUCUAGGCCGGGACGACAAACAGAUCUAGUAAAGAGUACGGGGAUACUGUUCCGAGGUCAUAUAAAAUGGGGCGGAGGGAGUAUUCUAAAAUUUGCUUGAUAUUUCUCGUAGAAGAUAUCAUUCUCGAUUCGGCCCCGGAUUGAUGUGACUAUAUUUAUGCAUCCAUAAAAAAGGAACAAACAAUCGUUCUUAGUAAACUAACUAAUUAUAGUUAAAUUUAGGUCUAAAGUGUACAUUUCUAUACAAAGUAAAGCUUACUAUGUAUAGAUUUUUAUGUGCGUCCGUACAAUGUAGGGCUACAGUAAAGCUUACUUCAUUAUGAGGAUUGUUAGGUUUUUGAUAAAGAUGAGUAGUGGGAGCAUUAUCUUAUUCCACCUUUGCUUUCUCGGGAACUUUUGAGAUCAGCGCAAACUUCAUA